UAUGAUACAUGACAGUCCCCAGGGCCUGUUUGUGCCCAACCUCACUUUUCAAUAACUUUACCGAAAAUGUCCAAAGUGAUUUUAAAGUUGUGCCAGUUACAUUUAGGUGAAAAUGCCGCCUCAGGUGCAAAGACCUUUGUCCGCCACGGACACCACUUGAGGGGCAAGGCCCCCGGAGUGGCCAAGUCACUGCAACAAAAGCUCGAAGAGCGGCAAGUUAAGGACCCUUCGGUGCACUUCAAGGUGGACAUCGGGCUGCCGCCCAGGACAAUUCCCAGGUCCAAACAGCUGCAGGAGCGACUCGAACAUUUCAGGAGGCAGCACAAGAACCCCGAAAUGGAACGGUUGGCUCGUAAUCAACAACUGAUUGUUGAUUUGGAAAAGUCCAACCAAGAGUGGCUGCACACAGUAGGGCCCCAACAUAUUAAGCAAAUAGCUGAGCACUACGGGGUGUUCGAGCAUCUAUUCGGGGACGCGUAUUUCCUCCCUCAGGUGCCCCUGCAGGUUCUCUACACACAGGAAGAAGUCAAAUACCCAGUUUAUUAUGGAAAUGUGCUGAAACCUGAGGAUGCCAGCCAGAAGCCGGAGGUGGCCUAUGAAAGUGAGCCGCAGGAUCUCUGGACCUUAGUUUUGACCAACCCCGAUGGGCAUUUCACUGACAAUGACAAGGAAUACGUGCAUUGGUUUGUGGCGAACAUUCCAGGAAAUGCGGUGGAAAAAGGGGAAACCGUCGUGGAAUACAUGCCCCCCUUCCCGCCUAAAGGCACUGGUUAUCACCGGCACAUUUUCAUUCUGUACAAGCAAAACAAGAAGCUGGAUUUUUCCGGCUACAAGAAACCAGGCCCCUGCUCGAGCCUGCCCGAGAGGACAUUCAGCACUUACGACUUUUAUAGGGGGCUUCAGGACGAAAUCACCCCAGCAGGCCUGGCAUUCUUCCAAGCAGACUGGAGCAUGUUUGUUAGGAAGUUUUUUCACAACGUGCUCGAUGUAAAAGAGCCAGUUUACGAGUACGACUUUCCCAAGCCCUACAUUCGAAGACAGGAGUGGUUCCCUUUGAGGAAACCCUUCAAUUUGUACAUGGACAAGUACAGGGACCCAAAGCAGAUUAACAAGGAGUUUUUGGUUCGGAAGCUCAAAAAGGUGCACCCGUUUAAAGCCCCGGAGCCGCCAGCGCCUUAUCCCAACGCCCAAUACUUCGAGAGAACAGUUCCCACAUGGUUGAAGUUGGAAAUCAGAAAGUCCCGACUGAAGGAGGGCAGGAUUAACGAGAUCGAGUAAGGGUCUUCGAUUGUACUUAUUAGUGUUUGAACUGGACCUAGUUAGGGCAAGACAAUCGAAUAACAAACUUACGCCUGAGCAUAAUCAACUACCGAACAAUAGAUGAUUUGCAGGAUA